UUUCUCUCAGUGUAGCUGGACUUGCCUGGGAUUUCUGUUCCUCCUUCAGCUGGUAACAUACACUGAUGGUAUCUGGAAAUGGGACUGUCCUUGGGUGAAUACAGAAAUGAUUUGCAGGUUCUUUAAGCUUGGUCUGGGUGUGCAAAGUUUUGAGGAAAAAGCCAUCUGUCUUGGGGCUGAGCAACAGUGUGGUUGGCUUUCUCAGAAGCAUGCUUUUAUUGUCACACUUUCUGCUUCAAUUCUUGGUGUUGUGCUGGCACUUUUUCCUUUGUAUCGAUUGCCAGGAGGUGUCCCCCUUUGCUAUGCAAUACAAAGUGUUAGAAGAAGUGCCAAGUGGAACGGUGAUAGGGAAAUUAUCUGAGGAUUUUGGCUGGGAAGAGAGAAGUGAACCAGUAGAGACCUUCCAGCAGCUGCAUUUCCCCAAGGAGCUCCCUGUCCGCGUUGGGUCUGGAGAUGGUUUGCUUAGCACAUCAGGGCGGUUGGACAGAGAGCGGUUAUGCAGGCACAAUGAUCCAUGCUUGUUCUCUUUUGAUGUUCUGGCUGCCAUACACUUGGCUUUAAUCCACGUGGAGAUUCAGGUCUUGGACAUCAAUGAUCAUGCACCCCAAUUUCCUAAACCUGAGCUGGAACUAGAAAUAUCAGAGAGUGCAUCUUUACGAACACGGAUCCCACUGGACAGAGCUCUUGACCCAGAUGCUGGCUCCAAUGCCCUCUGCUCUUACUCAUUAUCACCCAGUGACCACUUUGCUUUGGAUGUAAUUUCUGGAUCUGAUGGGACUAAACAUGCAGAACUUGUAGUUGUUAAAGAAGUGGACAGAGAGCUCCACUCUUGUUUUGAUCUAGUAUUGACUGCCUUUGAUCAUGGAGAAUCACCAAAAUCAGGCACAACCUUACUUAGGGUAAUUGUUUUAGACUCCAAUGAUAACAGCCCUAUGUUUGCAGAGAGUUCUUUGACAGUGGAAAUCUGGGAAGAUGCUUUGCCUGGGACAAUUCUUAUAAACCUUACAGCCACUGACCCUGAUCAAGGUCCCAAUGGGGAGAUAGAAUACUCACUCAGUAAACAUGCUUCACUGGAGGUGUUGAACAUGUUCAGCAUUGAAGCCAAGACAGGCAGUGUAGUUCUGAGACGCCCACUGGACUAUGAAGAAAACCAUACCUAUGAAGUAGAUGUGCAAGCCAGGGAUCUUGGAGCCAACCCUAUCCCAGCACACUGCAAGAUCCUCAUCAAGGUCCUGGAUGUCAACGACAAUGCCCCAGAUGUGCACAUCACUUGGGCUGCCCAGGUGCCAGUGCUAUCUGAAGCUCUUCCUAAGGACAGCUUUGUUGCUCUGGUGACAGUAAGUGAUCCCGAUUCUGGAAACAAUGGUCAGGUGCAUUGUUAUCUUAGUCAAGGACUUGAGCAUUUCAAAUUGAAAAGAACCAACAGAUACACUUAUAUGCUGUUGACCAAUGCCAUUUUGGACAGGGAGAGGUGGGCAGAAUAUAACCUGAUGUUAAUGGUCCAGGACAAUGGGAAUCGCUCCUUAGCUGUGAGGAAACACCUCACUAUAUGCAUCAGCGAUGUCAAUGACAACCCACCAUUGUUUGAAAGAAUUACAUAUGAUGUCACCAUUGCUGAGAACAAUGUGCCUCCAUCCUACCUGAUUACUGUCAAGGCUCACGAUGCUGACUUAGAUUUUAAUGGAAAGGUCAGUUAUAGCAUCCAGGAUUUCUUUGUUUCAGACUUGGUCUCUAUUGAUUCAAAAACUGGUGAAAUCUUUGCGCUCAGAGCUUUUGAUUAUGAACAAAUGACAAGUCUGGAAUUCCUGGUGACAGCAGAAGAUGGGGGUCACCCCAAACUUGUGUCAAAUGUUUCUGUUAGGGUUAGUCUGCUUGAUAGGAAUGAUAAUUCCCCUGUGAUUGUGCAGCCAGUGCUGGUGGGAGGCAAAGCAAGGAUCAUUGUUCUAGUCAAUGCACAGACCGGAUGCCUGUGGCUAUCUUUAGGGAACGACAGCCCCCAAGGUACAGCAAUAACCACCAUGACACCAACACUGAGUUCAAACGUUUCCCUGCUAUUCACCAUAGCUGCCAGGGAUGCAGAUUCUGGCAUGAAUGGGGCCCUCCAGUAUGAUAUUCUGAGUGGGAAUGAUACCAGUUUGUUUCUCAUUGAUUCACUGUCAGGGCAGGUGUUUAUCAACAGCAGCAAUGCCAGCAGCCUCAUUGGCAGUGAAUGGGAAAUGGAGGUGUUGGUAAGGGAUCAAGGGAACUCACCGCUGCAUGCAAAAGCCCUUGUGCAGUUAAGUUUCAGAAAUCAUCUUGACCAGCUGACAAACUCAGCCCAGGAGGCUCAGAUGCUGAACCCAUCCAUGGUGACUGUUAUCUGCCUAGCUGUGCUAUUAGGCACUUUUCUUCUUAUUUUGGCUUUAAUCGUGUCUAUAUGCAAAAGAGAGAAGAAAGAUAACAUGGCCUACAACUGCAGGGAAGCAGAACAUGCCCACAGACAUCAGCAGCUCAAGAAGCCCCACAAACACAUUCAGAAAACAGACAUAUAUUUAGUCCCUGUACUCAGAAACAGGCAAGCUGUGCAGAGUGAGACUGAGCAAGUUCUGUCCUGUGAAGAAGCUUUGCUGAAGGAAAGUGCCUGGGAUGACCCACUGCAGACUUCAUUUCAUUUAACCCCAACACUGUACAGGACCCUUAGAAAUCAGAAAGGUCCAGCUGAACAGAAAGAUGCCUUCAAUCUCCCUGCAAUACAGUGCAGACCCUUCCACCCACACAGGCUAAGAAAUGCAUCAAAAGAGAGCUCAAGCCUUCAAGAUGCACAAACCCAUUCCAAAAGCUUAGAGAACCCACAGCUGGAGCUUUUGGGAGAUCAGAAUUGUGACCUCUCACUGCCAACUAUUCAUCCCUCAGACAUGACUCUGAAGAGACAGAGAAUUGCUGAGCCAGAUGUGAGGCCCAGGGAAGCCCAUCCCCACCAGCACCUCCUGAGAAGCCUAGUGAGGCUGUCCAUGGUGGCACUUGCAGAACAGGACCCCAUGGGAGAACUUGCUAUGGAGUCACCUCCUGUUCAGCAAAUCUCUCAGCUGCUGUCUCUGCUGCACCAAGGCCAGUUCCAGCCCAAACCAAAUCACAGGGGAAACAAAUACACAGCCAAGAAUGGCAGCAGGAGUGCAGGGCUGGAUGCUGAUUGCUUCACUAUAAAGGACAGUGGUCAAGGAGAGAGUGAGGCAGAUGACGGGGAUUCAGAAAAUGGACUCAAUCUUUCCAUAGACCAGCUGGUGGGAGAAGAACUCGAGAGCCUUCUAGAGCCCCAUGCAGGGCUGGCCCUGGAGAGGUUGACGGCAGACCCUGCAUGGAUGGCUCGGCUCUCCCUGUCCCUCACCAGCAGCUACAAGGACAAUGUUUUCUCCCCUGCUUCUCUGCACUCUUCUCAGGACCAGGAAGAUGCAGGGCAGGAUAAACCAAGAACCUUUGAGACAUUUGGCAAAGUUACUGGAUCUGACCCAAAUGCAGCCAGGACGAGACUGGCCAGCACUUUCCUCUCCGAGAUGAGCACCCUAUUUGAAAUGAUCUUAUCCCAGAAAGCACAGGCCCAUUCAGCAACGGCCUCAGGAUUCCUGCAGCAGCUCUCUGCGCAUAGCAAGCCCUUUGGGAUGGACGGCGAUGCUCCUGCUGUGUAGGUCAUAUGGGAAGGCUGACGGCUGCAGCAGACACAUGUGCAGAACUAAUGCUCUUUGCAAAUGGAAAUAGCAACUGACGGUGGUGAACAGUUCCAGCGUGAACCACACCUCAGUAGAGAUUGUCAUAGAUGCAGCUGCCCUCCUGCUUCCCUUAUCUGAUCCCACCUCCCCCAAAUCCCCUUCCAUCUCUUGGCUCCUUCCAAAGGAGUUCCUAUUCUCCAACCCCAUAUCCCAGCUCUGCUUCCCUGCCCUUGGCCCGACACCAGGCCCAUCUCUCUGCCCAUGAACAGCCUAGCACUCAGCCUCUCCUUCCCACCCACAGCCUGGCACCAGCCCCACCUCUAAGCCCAUAGCCCAACACCCAGCCACUCCUCCAUACCCACAGUCCAGUCUCUCUGCACACACCUCCCCAUCCACAGCCUGGUACCUGGUCCCUCUUCCCCAUCCAUGCCCAGCCCUGCAUCUCUGCCCAUAGCUCAUCUCCCUGCCCCAACACCCCAGCCCAGUGUCUGGUCCCACCUCCCACCUGACAGUCUGGCAUCUGGACCCACCUGCCCUGCCCAUAGCCCAUCUCUCCCUCUCCACCCAUGGCCCAGCUCCUGGUCCUUCCUCUCCAUCUAUGGCCCAGCUACAGGUCCCAUUUCCCAUCCAUCACGUCUCCUCCUUUCUGCCCAUGGUCUAUCCCCCAGCCCCAUCUCUCCACCCAUUACUUGAGCACCUCCUUCCUGCUCAUGACCUGCCCCCACCUCCCAUCCAUUUGCCUCAGGCCCAGCAAUUCCUCUUUCCUCCCUUGCUAACAUGGGAGGGUAACUUAGGAGAGCAUUUACCAUACUGCAAUCUGCCCUACAUCCCAGCUGGACCUGGGCUUUCACUUCUGGUAGCAGGAGGACAUGAAAAUUGUGCAACAAACCCUAUAGCAAGUGCAGUAGACACUGCAGUUACUGAAGCCACCUGGUGUCUGACAGGCAGUGACACUCUUGCAGGGGCCAUAAUUCAGCAAGGCCCUUUUCUCCGAGUCUGGGUAGGGCAGAGUGGAUUGUGCUAGAGAAACAAUGAACAGAACUCACUCAAUCACAUGCAAACUUCAUUCUGAGACCCAAAUUCAGCAAUCCUGAGCUCACAGACAAGACCCCAGCUGCAGAAUUCACAUUGCCGCAGAAUCAAACUCCAGGAUCUUCAAUUUUAUUUAAAAUUAAAAUAUUUUAAGCCUUUGUGGUUGUGACAAAAGCCUCAUAAAUGUGAUCAAGUGUAACCGAUACAGUAAUGCCUGCCUGAGUCUUCAGAGAGACUGAAAGUACAGCUUGGAGAGGUGAGACCUGUCUUGUUCCUCUCUCUCAGACUUCACAGGCUCUAUGAUUCCACAGCUGUGGACUAACACAUUUUGCCAAAAUGCCUCAGAAUUCAGUAUUUUUCUCCCACAUCCCCCAUGGUGCUGCACCAGAUGACUGACACUGUGGUUUCUGUAUCCCUGCCUGGCUGGGGACUGCCCACAACUGCCUCAUGUUCCCCAGCUUUCCCACAGAGGCAGGAGCCAGGCUGCAGUGUAUCAGGGUCCAGCGUGUAGCCAGGGGGUGGGGGAGCAAGAAGCCCAGCUAGAUA